AGGUGGCUCGUGCCGUGCAUCGUCACCCUGUGCUUUGUGGCCUUGGCGGGACAGCUUCUCAAGUGUUUUAUCCUUCCGGUUGGUCAAUAGAGUGGUGCACUGCACCAUGAGCGUUCCAGUGUGGGGCCUCGCGAAGGGGACUUCGGUCUUCAAGGCUAACACGAGAGUCAUGAAGAAGCUCAUGCCCACUAUCAAGGAGGUCAAGUGCAUCAUGAACCCCCUCGACGGCGGGCACAGUACGGCCGCAAAGGAUGUAUUACGAAGACUCCAAUCCAAUGUGCUGACGAGCGCAAGCCCGGACACAAAGAUCGUGGGAGUAUAUAAGUACGAGGCGUGCUGGCCAAUGGUGCAAGCGACUUACGCGGACGGUACGGUGAGAAAGUGGUGGGCGCACGUUCUCCCCGCCCAGACUCUCAUGUCAGAAGUUUUUAUGUACGCGCAAAUGGCGUACAACAACCCGGACAACCCGGCGAAUAAGGGCAAGUAGUUUGGCUUCUUUGUGUGUUUUUUCCCGUGGUGGACGUAAAAGACGACAGCACCUGAAACGUGCCGUAGGGUGCAGGGAGGAGAGGCUUGUUGGAAUGAAUUUAUUUGGUUGGCUUGUUUGGCACCUUUUGCUGUUCUUGUGUGUUUCGGGUGUUUUUCCUAUGCCAAUCUUUUAGAAAAGCCGUGUGUUUGUGUUGGUUCCUCUGAAAGUGUUGUUUCGUGGAACUGCCGUGUGCGGCGCAACAGCUUGGUCAGUGCAGUUGCGACCCUUGUCUCUGGCGUGUGCGUACAUGUGACGAACCAGCGUUGACCGUGGGAUGUGUUGAAACUGCCGCAUAAGCCUGAUGGCAUCCACGCUGUGGGAAACCUUGCGUCCGCGGUGGGAAUCUCUUCUGCUGCAUUCGUGUUCAUUGGCGAACUUUGGGACCAUGUUGUUUUGAUUCCGGUUUUCUUGAACUGGUAGUUUUUGUGUGGUUCCUCCAUGCAUUUCACGGCGUUGGGUCCGACGAAAUACGUG